AUGGCAAUGAAAUUGUUGGAGUGUUUUGAAUUUAAAAAUACAUAUAUAACAAAAACUCCAAUUGUAAUUGUUAUUGAUAAUGAUAAAAUAAUUCCUAAUUUCGAUAGGAAAGAUGGUUCCCCUUUGUUCUUUAAAAUUGUCAAUUUCAUAUAA